AUGGUAGUAAGUUGGCAUUUUAUUCCUGCCCGCAGUCCACAUUUUGGCGGUCUGUGGGAAAGUGCUGUCAAAUCAAUUAAAACCCAUUUUAAAAGAUCAUUUGGCGAAGCCACUCUAACGUAUGAAGAACUAAACACUGGUCUAGUUAGAGUGGAAGCAUGCUUAAUCUCACGCCCAUAUACUCCAUUAUCGACGGACCCCUCUGACUUAAAUACUCUUAUGUCCACUCAUUUCUUAGAUAACGGUUGGUUGAAUGAGCCACCUGAGCCGAAACUGAUAACAACUACGCCAAAUAGAUUACGCAGGUGGCAUCGAGUUACUCAAAUGGUUCAGCAAAUUUAG